AAAUGUACAACCAAUAUAGGUUUAAGCAGACCACUGGACAGAUUCCAUCCCAAACAGAUAAAGUAAAAAGCAACAAAGAGCCAAGUGUAAAAAAUUACUUGUUCAACGACAUCUAUGACUUUAAUCAUUCAAAUAAAAGAGUUGCCAUCUUGAUCAUCAAUUCCUCAUUUUCUGAGUAUUCAAAGCGUCCAUUUGCUAGUGAAGAUUAUACAAAGAUGAAAACAAUGUUUGAAUUGAUGGACUUUGAUGUAAAAGUAUUAGUAAAUAAAAAAAGCAGUGAUCUCAGAAAAGAAUUACAAACAAUCAGUCGUCAAAUGGAAGAGAGUUGUGAUUGCUUGGCAUGUGUCAUCAGUUCUCAUGGGGCAGAAAUACCCAUGGAAUCAAGUAACGAUACCUCAGCACAACCAAGACACCAUGUACUCUUUACAGCAGACGGUAUUGUUCCUACUGAUAGAAUUCUUCAGGAGUUUAACGACGAUAACUGUCCAAAUCUACAAGGAAAACCUAGAAUGUUUUUCAUUCAGGCUUGUAGAAGUAUAUUCAAUCCUGACAACGAUCCUGAAAGUGAAAUUGAUAAAGGGUAUACAAUUGACUUAUUACAAGAACUAGCUGAUAAUGAUAUAGUUCCUGAUAAAAUGAACGAAAAGGUGACUAAUGCACAGAUUGACGCUGUAGAUUUCUGUGAUAUCCCAUGCUACGAGGAUUACCUAGUCAUGUUUUCAAGUUCUUCUGGGAAACUUGGUUGGUCUGAUAAGAGAGGAGGAUGGCUUAUGUACUGUUUGUUUACUGUUUUUGAGAAGUUAUUGGAUACCGACUUCGACGAUUUUCUCCAGAUUUUAUCAGCAGUCUGUGGGAAGAUGGCUAGAGAUUUAGAAACAUCGCAUCCCAAGAAAGUGUAUAAUAGAACCAAAUCUGCAGCCGUCAUAUAUCAUAUGUUAACCAAAGAUUUAUAUCUGCGACCAAAAUCUAUAAAGGAAACUGAAACUUGAACUGUUUUUUUGGUGUAAACAGAAAUAAAGUCUUACAUGUGCAGACAUUUUCUAUGUUGGCAAUGUUUUCAUUUUUUGUCAGUUUACGAUUUGUUCCGAACCUCAUAAAGCUAAAAGAUGUAUUUUACCCAACACUGACAUUGUGUUAAUCUUAAGAACUUAACUUUCGUUACAUGAGAUUCUCAAAAUAAUAGAAUUAUCUUUUACCUUCACCAUCGAAAUAUAGAAAAAAGAGCCUCAUCAAAUAUACCAGGCUUAUAAUUUUGUACGCCAGACGCGCGUUUCGUCUACAAAAGACUCAAGCAAAAAAGUUAAAAGGCUAAUAAAGUACAAAGUUGAAGGGCAUUGUUGAUUAAAAAGCUAAAGUAUUAAUCUAUACCUGGGGUAGAAAAUCCUUAGAAUUUCGAACAAUUCAAAGUUUUGUUAACAGCUAAUAUAUAUAUAUAUAUAUAUAUCCUUUCGUAUGAUAAUGUAUGUAAACAUUUUGGUGUAAUAAAAGUUGUACAAAAUUGCACCAACACAACAAUCGGAUUUAACCUUGGCGCUAAUACUGUAUGUGAAAUAAGUUGAAACGGCACCGCGACUAAGAAACGGAUAGAAGAGCGAAAUAACUGAUACUUAAGCACAUGUGACCUGGUAAUGCGAUUGUAAAGUUUUUUUUCAGUUUAAUAAAAAUUGUUUAUGGAUUUUUUCUUGUAAACGAGGAUAUGACUAAGAAAAGGUCUAGAAUAGCAAAACAACUGAUACUUCAGUACCUGACCUAUCUCACAUAGAUAUAAUGCAUUGUAAUGUUGUUUUUUCAAUUUAAUACAAAAUAUUAUUGUU